UCAUCAUCAAAAUGCUAAAGCAAUUAUUGUGAGGAUUUUUAUCUACUUCUCCGAAUACUGGAAAUUUAAUAGGACAUUUGAAAAAAACAGCCCACGGGAACACACGAAAGAAAACAUGUGGUCGGAGUCAUCGGAGUUGUUGAGCGGAUACAACUCCUGUCUGAAGCGGAUUUUUCUCGCAGAUUCGGAGGCGGAUAAGAUAGGCACAAUUCGAGUAGCGACCAUGAUGUCCUGUCCUUUGCCCAUGCCACUGCCUCUGUUGCCACCAGCACUGCACGGUGACUUCCCUCCCGUGCAUAUUGGAGUCAAGAGAGGUAGUGACGAACUGUUAGCGCAGACAGCUAUUAUGGCUCCGGCUUCCGAAAACAAUAUCCAAGAUUCGGCGACGAAAAAAGUGAAAUUGGAAGGUGCCACAAACAAACCUUCGCGCGUUAUUCACAUUCGUAACAUACCCGCUGAGUCAUCGGAAGCUGAGAUCGUCCAUUUAGGUGUCCCAUUCGGCCGUGUCACUAAUGUCUUGGUUCUCAAAGGGAAAAAUCAGGCGUUCUUGGAAAUGUCUGAUGAAAAUGCUGCUACUGCUAUGGUUGCCUAUUUCAAUAACUGCUCGGCACAGCUGCGUGGUCGCGCCGUGUACGUUCAGUUUUCAAAUCACACCGAAUUGAAAACGGACAAGACCCAUUCCAAUGCCUUUAUUUAUCCUCAGAGCGCGUCCGCUCAAGCUGCCUUACAGGCAGUCCAGGCGUUCCCUGCUCCAUCAGUAGCUGGUUCUCCGUUACCGGAUGGUAGUGCCGGUGUUGUAGGUGGACCUAAUACCGUGUUGCGAGUCAUAGUUGAAAACUUGUUAUACCCUGUUACACUCGACAUACUGCAUCAAAUUUUCCAGAGAUUCGGCAAAGUCUUGAAGAUAGUCACCUUUACCAAAAAUAACUCUUUCCAAGCUUUAAUCCAAUAUCCCGACGCAACAACGGCACAUAACGCGAAAACGGCACUGGACGGCCAAAAUAUUUACAACGGAUGCUGCACACUGCGUAUUGAUUACAGCAAGAUGCCUGCUUUGAAUGUUAAAUACAAUAACGAUAAAUCGCGAGAUUACACAAAUCCUUCACUGCCAGCCGGAGAGAACGGCCCAGAAAUUGUCGGCCCGCUCGCUGGUAUGGGCGGGUUGGUCAGUGCAGGUGGACUGUCUGGAGAACUUUUGCUGCUGGCAGCAACUGGACAGCGGCCUGGCCUUGGCAGAGAACGUUUAGCCGGUCCUGGUGUAUUACCUCCAUUUGCCCUUGGCUUAGGGUCACCUUUAGCUGGCGGCUUUCCGAGCGGUCUGGGCACUCUCGGCGGUGCUUUCGCUCUAGCUGGAGGAGCGCUAGGCGCUGCAACGACACCUCCAGUUCUUAGAGGAAUAUCGACUGUCUUGCUCGUUUCGAACCUUAAUGAGGAGAUGGUCACCCCUGAUGCUCUCUUUACCCUAUUCGGAGUGUACGGAGAUGUGCAGCGAGUCAAAAUACUGUACAACAAGAAGGAUUCUGCUCUUAUACAACUGGCUGAGCCCCAUCAGGCUCAUCUGGCAAUCACCCAUUUGGACAAAUUGCGGCUGUAUGGGAAGGCAAUGAGAGUGAUGAGCAGCAAGCACCAGAGUGUUCAGUUGCCGAAAGAAGGUCAGCCUGAUGCUGGUCUCACACGGGAUUAUUCGCAGAGUACGCUGCAUCGCUUCAAGAAGCCGGGAUCGAAGAAUUACCAGAACAUUUACCCACCAAGCGCGACUUUGCAUCUCAGCAAUAUUCCCUCUACAGUCACAGAAGAGGAAAUACGCGAAGCCUUCGUAAGGAACAACUUCCCAAUCAAGGCCUUCAAGUUCUUCCCCAAAGACCGCAAAAUGGCCCUGCUGCAGUUAGGUUCGGUGGAGGAAGCUGUAGCUGCAUUGAUCAAGAUGCACAACCAUCAAUUGUCCGAGUCGAAUCAUUUGAGAGUUAGCUUCAGUAAGUCUAAUAUUUAAGGAGAUAUUUAAAAAACAUUAAAUAAAUAGUACUUUCAAAUCCUUUUGAAUAUUUUUGUGGAUACAUACAUACAUAUUAAUGUAUAAUAUUGAAAAAAUAUCUCAUGUGCAAAUACCACGUGCGCCAGCAAAGUAUUUUAAAAACAUGAUUCAAUAUCUGUAAUAUCUUAAAAUAAGUGUUUUGUAAUAAUCAGGGUUUAACUGAACAUCAGGGACGAUUUUAUUCCUUAAACUUUCUCUAUGUCUCAUUAAUCAGUGAAGGAAUUUUCACAUUUUAGUUUUAUUAUUGAGGCUU